UGAUUAAUAUUACAGGAUAUUCACAUCCUGCCUGCUAAUCGGUAAGAACCACCUGCUCUCCAUGAACCUCUUCCCUCAUGCUUCAGCAUGACAAGCAUAUGAUGCUGUAUGAUAGGUCCGCAACUUCAUUGUGGAAGAAACAUACCCAGAGCCAAUAUUUCAAGACGGGUUUCUGAACUGCUUGCUUCUCAUUCCUUACUGUCGCAACACUUGUUGUUAGGACUGCUGGCUAAGAUUACUUUGCUGUAUAGGUUCGUUCGAAUCGAUGACGCGCUGCGGGUGGCGUUUGUUAGUGACACGCAAUCCUGGUCCGCCGGGAGGAUCCCGCUGUCAGUACAACACGCUAGUCUGAAUAUGAAUAUGAAUGUGAACAUGAACAAUGAAUUUAUUUUGGAGAUUUGUGCGCCGGUGGUCGCUUGUAAUAAUUGUAGUGGCUAUAUUGUUGUGGUGUGGUUUUCGGCAAAUAUGACAGGCCAUGCAAAUAGCCCUGGCCGAACACCAUGGUGUCUCCAAUCUCCCUGCCCCGUAAUUGCCACUCAAAGGAUGGCCAGAGUAAAGAACAAGCAGAGCUAUCUGGGCUUGUGGUAGACCUGUUCCUGAGGAUACAAAGUAAAAUUCUUAUGGUGGAGAUGUUCCUGGCAUGUCUCCACUAUACCGCCGAAUCGCCUGUUCAGCGAUAUCUAUGCUCGUCCACGUCCAACAAGGCUAUAUAUUUAUU